ACUUGAUUCAUUAUUAAAAUUGUUACGAAUCUUUAAAGAUCAAGUGUUAAUAUAUAAAUCAAGUAUUGUUAUGCCUUGUAAAGUUCAUUUGGUUGCUGGACACAAGUUCCAAGCUACUUUGUUGACCAGCCUGACAUUUUGUUCCCAUUGUGAUGGAUUCAUUUAUGGAUUUGGAAAACAAGGUUACCAAUGUAAAGGAUCUUACCGUGUUGUCCAUAAGCGAUGUCACAGUGAGGUCGAAAAUCAAUGCAAACUAAUGGAAAAGGAUUCACCUUCUGAGAGUAACGAUGAACGAGAUGGACAAGUGACCCAUAACUUUGCGGCUCACACUUAUUUCAAGCCUACUUUUUGUAAUCAUUGUGGAUCCUUGAUGACUGGAGUAAUUCAUCAAGGAUUAAAGUGCAAAGACUGCGGAAUAAAUGUUCACAAGAAGUGUGACAAAUUCAUUAGCCAUGGAUGUAAUCAACGAUCUUAAAAAGAACGACGAAUGUCAAUUGUCAUUAUUUGCCAAAAUAGUCCAAAUCUACUCGGAUUUUUGCUGAUUAUUAAUGAUUUUGAUUCUUAAAAAUUUAAAAUUCUCUAACUGUUCAACUACUCUGCUUUGUUUCUUUUGAUCAAUUAACUGCUUAUUAUGUGUUACUCAAAAUUGUCAGUCAAUAAAGACAUUAAAGACCAUGAAA